UCUUAAAUAAAGAUGGGAAUAUUUAAGUACCCAUUCAUCAGUGCGAACUGAUGAGUGCGCGGGCCCUUUGUGUCGGGAUCGCGCAUUCACCUUAACGUCACAUCGCGCCGGUUCUGGCGUGAACGCGCAACUCCAGGAGACGCAGUCGGUUUAUUUCGCUCAUCGGGAACGCGCGAAGUGAACGGAGGCCAGGGCCAAGAUGCAAUUGUGCUAGAGUCGAAAUCUACCUCCCAUCACAUACGCCCCCAUUCCCCUUAAAAAAAACAACCUAAUAAUAAUAAAAGCACCAUGCGGAUGAUUUAGGAGUCCGAGAGCGCGGAGAUCUGUGCGUAAUAUAUUGUUCCGGAGGCUGAGCUUUGCUGCGCAGGUGCGCCGUUACGCUGCGGCAGGAUGGAGUUCAAGCAGCUGGUGGACGCGGCGGAAAAAUGGUGCUCAGGAAACCCGUUCGAGCUGAUCUUCGCCGAGGAGGUGGACGAACGCCGGAUGGACUUCUACGCCGAGCCUGGCAUUUCGUUUUACGUGCUCUGCCCCGACAACGUGACAGGAGGUACCGACACUUUUCAUGUGUGGAGUGAGAGCGAGGACUGCCUGCCAUUCUUGCAGCUGGCACAGGACUACAUCUCCUCCUGUGGACACAAAACCCUGUUGGAGGUCCUUGAAAAAGUCUUCAGAUCCUUCAGACCUCUCCUGGGUCUUCCAGACAUUGAUGACGACACGUACGAGCAGUACCAUGGAGACGUAGAGGAAGAAGCAGAGACGGACCAUCAGCAAAUGGGUGUUAGCCAAUAAUGUGCUCAGUGAAGUGAAUCGACCUUCCACGGGCCGGAGCAUUGCUUCAUUCCCCCUCAUAUUUCCUUCUUCAAAAUCAUCUACACAUUUCUACUGUUUUAUGAUAUGCACUAUGCCUCUGUCUUGCACACUCCCACACUCGCACCACGGCUUAUUAUAAUGCACGAUUCCAUGUUGCAAAGAAAAGCAUUCUCACUAGACGGCCCAUGUCCUUCUUGUUUUAUUCAGCAAACCGCUGCUUAAAAAAAUAUGGAAAUCUUUUCAGGAUUCUGUUAGUUCUUGUGUAAUGUUAUUUUUGUGUAACGGGUGGGUAUCACAGUUUAAUGGGUCCUAAUGGUUUAACAGGUAUUGCGUGACUGAUUUUAGAUGUGCUUAAUCGUUUUCUAAUGGGAUUCAAAAGUCUAAUGGCCUUUGAUGGUAACAUUAUUGUAAUAAGUUGUGGUUCACUUGUGAUUUAAUGGACCUUGUGGACUUUUUAUACAGUAUAAUGCUGCAUUUCAGGCUGUGUAAAGAGAGACAGCAUAUCUAGAUCAAAAUGAAAAAUAUUUAAUUUAGUUAAUAGUUAUAAUAAAAAGUCGAAUGUUUUAAAUUUCUAAAUAAAAUUAAACGUUACAAAAUGAAGACACACCAUUUACAUCACAAAAAUCACAUACAUUGCAAAUAUAACUUAAUAUUCAGUCGUAAUGUAAUUACCCAAUAUAAUAAAGUAUCAAACAUAAAUAGAAUUAAAUCAAUCCUAACAAAAAAAAUACAGUUAAGUCUCUUUAUUUGUAAAACAGAUCCAAAAAAUCUUUUCCAAAUCUAAUUCCAGGAUCAGAUCCCAGGAUCUUCGUUUUCCUUUUAAAAUCCGAUCCACUAUUUUCGGUAUCAGAUCAGCACCAUAUCUGAUAAAUAUACCCUGUAUAUAUACUGGAUCUGACAAUCUAAACAUCUAAAUAAUCUAAGCAAUAUCUAAUACACACUCAAAAACCAUUAAAACCAUUAUAGCUUGUGAAAAUGUUAAAUGGAAACCAUCAGGUGAAUCCCGUUAGUAAGUAAACAGAUAUUUCUGUUUUGUUUUGUGAGCAAGAAGGAUUAUGAAGAAUAUUGUUAUUAUCAUUAAACUUAAAUUCAGGAGAGUCCUCCUGAACAGACAUAGCUAAACGAUGGUAAUACGUUCCCCAGAAUCGUGGGAAACUGUUAAGCAGGUAUGCUAAAUUUAGGUCUUAACGAUGAUGAAUAGAGCUUGUCUUUCUGUAUGUCUGUACUUAGAAAGUCAUGAUAGAUUUUCUAGUGAAUAGCUGAAGAGGUGUUGUAAUGUUGUAACGUCUGAAACCAAUCAGUGAUUUCAAAAACUCACAGGCAGUUUAUCAAACUCUUUUGAAUACUCAUCAUCUGCUUUGUCGUUUAUAUCUCGACGUCCUUGAUCAUGUGGCCAUGGAUUGAAUAGGAAUAGUGAUCCCGGCAAAGCUCUCAGCCUGUGGUACUUAAUGCAUAAUAGCCCUAGAUCAGAGAGAGUGUGAUUGCAUUUUCAGCUUCGUGUAAAGACAAGCCUUUGUUUUGCACUUAUGCAUCAUGCUUACUUUUCAUUUUGGUCUUCAAUAGUCUUUAAUUGUAUUAAAGUAUAACUUCAGGCAUGUUUUCAAACAAAUCAUGGCUAAUUAUAGGCUUCCUCCAUGAUGUUUCCUCCCAGAUUAGGCAAAAGUAAAAGCCUGAGCUGAAUGUGUAAUGUGUGAAGUACAACAAGAGUGAACAUGUUGAUCUGAAGCAGCUUCCUCUUUUUUCAUCCUCUAGUGUUGACUAAGGAAAAUAUGAUCCAGUCAGUCUUCAUGAUUUGAUUGACUGACUGAAGUCUGACACGCCCCACAGCAAAUUCUUUCCGGAUCACUUGACCAAUGUAAACAGGUUAGCAGGACCAGCUGGAACAUCACAUGUUGUUCCAGGAUAUGAAGAAAGCUGAUAUGAUCCUGCUGACUUCAUAUGUUUAGUGCUUUCCUAAUGCUGCCAUCAAACCCCUGUAUCUCCCACACACUCACUGCUUUCAUACUGUCUUCCUCAGCAUUACAUCAUCCACAUGUACCGAAGUCUGGUGUAAGAUCAAUCAAAGCUACUCUUCUAUAUUCAUAUUUGUUUGAUCCUCCAGCUUUAGCACUCUGCAAGCUUUUGAAUAUUUUCCCCACCAGUGCAAACCUCUGGGUAUUUACCCCCAUUAAACCAACUGACUUUGAGUUUUAACUAAAGUUUGCUUAAAGAUGUAAUUUUAUUAGUUGUCUUGUUUA